AUGUUCAUCAUAAAGUCAACCAUACUUCUGAAUCGGUUUGAAUCUUUCAUACGUUUGCUGAAGAUGCCGAAAAGCAAGGCCAUUGAAGUGCGCCCAAGAAAACGUAAACAUAGUCAAAAAACUGAGGAACCUUCUAAUUCAGUUGUUGAGCAUCCAAAGCGUGAAGUAAACCAUACACCUCAUUUAUCUGAAAGUUCACGUCAUUUGAAGUUUAAAAGCCGUGGGAAUAGUGAAAAAUCAUUCUUAACAGAUUUUCCUAUUGGAAACAAAGUCCCAAAGCGUUUUCUGCUUUCUUUUGUGUACGUAGCUAUUUUAGGCUUGUUAGUGGCAGUAGCUUUCUAUCAAAUGUCGAAAUGGUAUCAAGGGAAACUUGUCGUUACACCUGUUAAUUUUCCUAAAAUUGUCCCUGAUGACGCACUGUCUGAACGGUCUCAUAGUUUGUUUUGGGGGAGUUAUCGUCCAGGAAUAUAUUUUGGGAUGAAACAUAGGAGUCCGAAGUCUCUUUUAUUUGGAAUCAUGUGGACAGUCCAAGAUCCAGCAAACUUCAACUUUCGACACUCUUGUGAUCAAUACGACGGAGUCCUAAGCUACAACUGGUUAGAACAUGAUGGUCGUACUUUUGGAACACAACAAAUAGUAGAUAUUCAUCAUAUAAUCACGAUAUCGUUUGUUAAACCGUCUACUGAUUUUAUGGGUAGUGACUGGACGGUGAGAAUUUCGGCAGUGGCUCGAAAUCGUACGUCAAUGAGCUAUCCAUUAUCAAUAAUCGUUUAUUUUUAUUAUCCUGGAAGUGAAAAUGACUUUUUCAUUCACCCAAUUUUUUCUGAUCAAGAAUUAACUGGAUUACAAGGCAGUUCAAUGGAGUUAAGUGAUUUCCAUAUUCUGUUUCAUGCUACGCCUGACAAAUUACAACACACCAGUCUUAAAGCACAUAUACCCAGAGAGGAUGCAAUCAAAGAAACAAUGUUUUCUGGUUUAGGAAUAAGAAAAGACAAUAAUCUUUUAGCCUUAACAGGUGUUCCCCAGAAUUUCAAUGAAGAACAAUUUACCAAUGCUUGGUUUUAUGAAGUCAGUGCAAUCGUGCCGGGAUAUACUGAUAUCAAUGAAGUGAAUAAGCCUAUUUUAGAAGUUGAAUUUCUCCGACCACAAAGUUCACUGGCAGGAUUCCGUGCUAAUAGUUUCUCUCAAGAAUUAUCUAAAAAGUCACAAAAUUUCCAUGAACAGUUUACUGAAAAAUUCAGUGUGGAUUCAACUAAAUUUACUGAUAGACAGGUCAAUUUAUCAAAGAUUGCAGUCAGUAAUUUGCUAGGCGGUAUCGGAUACUUUUAUGGCUCUUCUUUGAUUCGUUCUGAAAACAUUGGUCCUGAACCUGUACAUAAUUGGGCAGCUGGUUUAUUUUCUGCUACACCAUCUCGACCUAACUUUCCUCGAGGAUUUUUAUGGGAUGAAGGUUUCCAUGGUUUAAUUUUAGCUCGUUGGGACCCGAUUCUCGCUAUGGAAACAGUUGGUUCCUGGCUUGAUCUUAUGAAUGCACACGGUUGGAUUCCUCGUGAACAGAUCUUAGGUUGGGAGGCUAGAUCUCGUGUUCCAUCUGAAUUUAUUGUCCAGUCGGAUGUGGUUGCCAAUCCUCCAUCAUUGAUUUUGACUGUUGAGGCUUUAUUAGAUCGUUUCCCUCGAUUAACUGCUUUCGAAGCUAGCGAGUUUCGUCGUUGGUCUAUGUUGGCACUGUCCAGAUUACAUGUUUGGUAUCGUUGGUUUAAUACCACUCAAAUAGGUCCUGUUCCUCUGUCAUAUCGUUGGCGUGGCCGAAAUCCUGAUGAAGUCCAUCAGUUGAAUCCUUUAACAUUAAGUUCUGGAUUGGACGACUUUCCUCGUGCUUCUCAUCCAACUAGCGAUGAACGUCAUAUUGAUCUACGUUGCUGGAUGACUUUAUUUGCUCGUGUAAUGGCUAGAUUGGCUUCUGUCGUUACCCAGUUCAUGCAGACAGAUCAAAGUGGGACAAGUCGAUCUAAACUGGAAGAAAUUCGUCCACUGAUUGCUGAAUAUACUCGUUGGGCAGAUUUACUAUCUGACCAGAAUGAGUUGGAUAGGCUACACUGGUCAGAAAAGCUUGGUCGAUAUGCUGAUUAUGGUUUACACACUGAUUUUGUUAAAUUACAAGUUCCUGAUACGCCUCCAGGCGGUCAACAUACUGCCAAUAAGCAAGCAAAACCUAUACGAGUAGUUAUGGAACCUCCAUCAUUGCAAUUAGUAUCCAGUUCAUUUGGAUAUGUCAAUUUAUUUCCACUUCUUUUAAGAAUUCUUUCACCGACAUCACCACGGCUUCCACGUCUAUUGGCUGAUCUAAGUAACAAAGAUUUAUUGUGGUCUAACUUUGGUCUACGUUCAAUCAAUACAAAAUCUGCGUUUUACAAUACAUACAAUACUAAAGAUGAUCCACCUUAUUGGAGAGGUGCUAUAUGGAUAAAUAUGAAUUAUUUAGCUGUUCAGGCUUUACGUUAUUAUUCUCAUCAUCCGCAUACACCUACACAUGUUGCUUCAGAAGCUGGACGAUUGGCUGGAGAGUUGACACAAAACUUGGCACGUACUGUAUUGGGUGAACUCGAGAGAACAGGUUAUUUAUGGGAACAGUAUAACGAUCAAACUGGACAUGGUCAACGUGGUCAUCCAUUUUCGGGUUGGACGAGUUUAAUCAGUCUUAUAAUUAGUGAUAGUUCUUAA